AGAGAGUUGACUGUAGGGUGAUGGGACCCGGCUGAGGGAACCGCAGCGAGUGAUCACUCUCCGAGCUGUUAAUGACAGCAGGUAGGCAGAUGUGAAGGAUGACUUCUUGCUCAGAGAUGUGUGGGUCCGAGUACGGUGAACAAGCUCAAGCCAGCGGGAAUUGCCAGCAGUAUGGAGUCCGUUCUUACCUACACCAGUUUUAUGAGGAGUGCACCGCUUCUAUCUGGGAACGUGACGAAGAUUUUCAGAUUCAGAGAUCGCCUAGCAGGUGGAGCUCUUUACUCUGGAAGGUCUGUCUCGCGUUCGGAUCCCUGAUAUUGUUUGCAGGCCUCAUUGUUGUUUUGGUGGGUUAUGCCACCCCAACCAGGAUCGAAGCAUUUGGCGAAGACGAUCUCCUUUUUGUUGACAGCCACGCCGUCAGUUUCAACCGCGCAUUGGAUGUCUGCAAGCUGACCGGCGCCGUGUUGUUCUGCGUGGGAGGCACCUCCAUGGCCGUGGGUCUCCUGCUGUCGGCCUUCGCCAAGAGCUACUCCAAAGAAGAACUGUACCUGCAGCAGAAGUUCAAGGAGAGGUUGGCAGAUCUGCACGCAACAGUCGGUACCCCCGUCAUGAAAGCACCGACUCCCGGAGAGGGAAAGGUGCCAGUCACACUUUCCAAAGUCCAGAACAUACAGCCAGUGACCGCGAAGUCGGAGACCUGA